GAAUUGGGGUACAACGAUAUGUAUAUAUUUUCUAAGGGCAAAAAACAACAAGCCGCCAUCUUGGCCCGAGGUUUUCCAGAGGGAUGAGCUUCCCGUGCGUGACGUCACGCUCUCCCUCAGCAGCAACAGGCGUCUGAACGACGGCGGAAUAUCACAAGGAAGAAAAAACACUUUGGACUGUAAUAAGAGACACUGAAAAUUCACUUCCGCGUGAACAUUUGAAUACUUCUUUGGUAAAUAAAACUAUCUUCGAUAUUCGUGAUCUGUCCGAUGUUCGCGAGCAAAAACUCUCGCGGUUGGAAAGUUUGGGAAGGCCUCUGACGUCACACGCUUCGGCACUUGUUUUAUCUAACAUGAAACUGGUCGUUUUUGCUUAACUAACAUCUUACUUUGAUUUAUAACUUUACUAAAACAGUAAACAAUCACACAUUCCGAUCCGGAUUGGAAAACAUCCUCAGACGCGACGCGAAAAUGAUGCCGAUGUUCCUGACUGUGUAUCUCAGCAACAAUGACCAGCACUUCACCGAGGUGCCCAUCACCCCUGAGACGGUGUGUCGUGAUGUGGUCGAUCUGUGCAGAGACCCCGGCGACAGCAGCUGUCAUCUGGCUGAAGUGUGGCGAGGCUCCGAGCGGGCAGUAGGCGAGAGCGAGAAGAUGAUGGAUCUGUUGCUGCAGUGGGGACAGGCGAGGCCUGAGGUCCGGUUCUUUCUGCGUCACGGCAGAGCGCCCGGCCAACUGUCAGACUCCAGGACUUUGAAUCAGAAGAGGAACGGCGUGAAGAAACCCGCUGACAGACGGCCGGAGAACGGGGUAAGCAGCCCGUGGAUGGACAUGACCCUAGCAGAGCUGCAGGAGAUGGCGGCCAGACAACAGCGACAGAUCGACGGCCAGCAACAACUCCUGGCCUCUAAGGAGCAGCGUCUGCUCUUCCUGAAGCAGCAGGAGCACAGGCAGCAGCAGACCACUUCAGAGCAGAAGAAGCUCCAGCAUCUGAGGGACGCGGUGGAGAAACAGGAGGCACAGCUGAAGAUGGUCCGAGCUCUGAAGGGUCAGGUGGAACAGAAACGCCUCAGCAAUGGAAAACUUGUUGAACAGGUUGAGCAGAUGAACAGUCUACUCCAUCAGAAGCAGAAAGAGCUGGUUGUAGCCGUGUCUAAAGUGGAGGAACUGAGCAAACAGCUGGAGACCCUUAAGAACGGACAGCUGGAUGCGCUUCACAGUAACCAGAGCUCUGUGGCCGAUUUGGACAGACUCUACAGGGAACUGCAGAUGAGGAAAAACAUCAACCUGGAGCAAAACACGAAACUACAGCAGCAGAGAGAAAACUUGAACAAGAGGAACCAAGAGGUGGCCAACAUGGACAAACGAGUGAACGAACUGAGAGAUCGCUUGUGGAAGAAGAAAGCUGCCCUACAGCAGAAAGAGAACCUUCCUUUGCCUUCAGAUGGGCAGACGGCGCAGCAGACAGGAGUGUCCCGUGUGGCUGCUGUCGGCCCUUAUAUCCAGUCUUCCACGAUGCCCAGGGGCCCCAGUAAACAAGACCUGCUUAUUAAAAACACUUACCCCGACGGCACAGCAACGGUACCGCAUCAGGAGAAGAGCGCUCGACCCGGAUCAGGUCUGCAAUCAGCAAAAGCGUCCUCAAAGUUGUCUAACUGGAGUGCUGCCAAUACGAAGUCCGCCGGUAAUAAUGGGUCCACCAGUCUCCCACGCUUGGUGACCCAGGCAUCUAAAAACCAAGAUAAAGCAGACGUGCUGAAACGGGACCCCAGGGUGCGCCCCGCCUCCAUGUUUGAGUCCAUUGAACCGCCUGCAGCUUCUUUACGGAAGAAUCAGAGCAGCGAAGACCUUGCGAGAGACAUCCAGAAUGCCAUCAAGAACACCGUCAAGGUUCCUCCUCCAGUUCCGACUAAACCUAAACAGGCCAACCUGCCCUCUGGUGGCCAGAUGGGAUAUGGCAAGACGGCCGUCAAUGCCGGUACCUUCCCAGGGAAGAGUAAAUCUUCCGCUCAGCAGCCGCCCACUGGCUCCCAGUCUGCUUUAUCACAGGGAGGUACUUUACCCCUUCCCUCCAAGCUAGAGGCUCCUCCAGCGGCCACCGUACACCCCUUCAGCCUGGAUCCUCCUGGAACCAAAGACUCCGGUGGGCAAAUCCUGCACAAGCCGCAGAUGCUGACCACCAGCUCCAUCUACUCCAUGUACACACAGCAGCCCGCAGCUGGCAAAGCGCAGCAGCAGAGCGCGCAGGGAGCGCUGGGCCGAGCCCAGACCCGCAGCAGCAAUUUCAUCAGUGUUUAUGGGAAGCCAGUGACGUCCACAGGCCAGCAGUCUCAAAGCCAGUACCCUGAGAACCCGUACCUGGACCCGCCCAGUGGCCCGGAAAUAGAGCGGGACCACAGUCCUGCUCCAGAAACCCAGGAGACAGAGCGUAUUCCCAGACCUCUCAGUCCCACCAAACUGCUGCCCUUCAUCUCAAACCCCUACCGCCACCAGAGCGACGUGGACCUGGAGGCUCUCCGGAAGAAGCUCUACAACGCGCCCAGACCCCUCAAGAAACGCAGCUCCAUCACGGAGCCCGAGGGCCCCGGGGGCCCCAACAUUCAAAAGCUCCUGUACCAGAAGACCACUCUCGCCGCGAUGGAGACCACAGUGAGUCCUGCUGGAGAAGAGGAGAAGGAGACGGUGGCAGAAGCUCCCAAAGCUGAUGAAGCGGCACUCGAGCGACCUGAUCAAACUCUUCCUGAGCCGCUGGCAUCCACAGAAACAGAAGCGGAGGACGUCCCUCCUCCACCGCCUCCACACCCGGCCCCACAGCCCGACACUGAAUUCUUACUUCCACCUCCUCAGCCGGCCAGCCCUCCUCCUCCUCCACCUCCUCCCGCUGAGAGCUUCGUAGAGGACUUCCCUCCAUAUCCUCCACCUCCUUAUCCCAGUGGAGCGGAGCAGGAGCCUCCUGAAGACACAUUUAACAUGAAGCCACCAGAGGUCACCGGACAGGUUCCCUUUCCACCCGGUAAGAGGACGAACCUGCGUAAGGCCGGAUCGGAGCGCAUCGAGCACGGCAUGAGAGUGCGCUUCAAUCCUCUGGCUCUGUUACUGGACUCGUCUCUGGAGGGAGAGUUCGAUCUGGUGCAGCGGGUCAUAUACGAGGUGGAGGAUCCGAGUCAGCCAAACGAUGAGGGCAUCACUGCGCUCCAUAAUGCAGUGUGUGCCGGUCACACGGAGAUUGUUAAAUUCCUGGUGCAGUACGGAGUCAAUGUCAACGCGGCUGACAGUGACGGAUGGACACCCCUGCACUGUGCAGCGUCCUGUAAUAACGUGCAGGUGUGCAAGUUCCUGGUGGAGUCUGGGGCGGCCGUGUUCGCCAUGACCUACAGCGACAUGCAGACGGCAGCUGAUAAGUGUGAGGAGAUGGAGGAAGGCUACACACAGUGCUCUCAGUUCCUCUACGGCGUCCAGGAGAAGAUGGGCAUCAUGAACAGAGGGGUGGUGUAUGGUCUGUGGGACUAUGAAAGUGAGCAGGAUGACGAGCUGUCGUUCAGAGAGGGCGACAGCAUGUCUGUGAUCCACAGGGAGGACGAGGACGAGACGGAGUGGUGGUGGGUGCGCAUGGGAAACAUAGAGGGGUACAUACCCAGAAACCUGCUGGGGUUGUAUCCGAGAAUCAAACCUCGCCAAAGGAGUCUGGCUUAAAUGAACAGACGUACAGUCGCUCUGACACCAAUCAAUCCAUCAACACUAGUUAACCUCUGCAUGUACCUGUUAGUCCCAUGUGAUGUUACAGUGAUGCUCAUUCCUUGUGCCUCUUUUCACACUAUCAUUGAGUAGAAUUAGGUGAUUAGAAUGUACUUUAUAUUUGUAAAUCAAGACUUUUUCACUGAAAUGUAUUUUCACAAGUUAUUGUGGCCUGUGUUUUGCAUCACAGCCUGAGGUAUUCAGCGCUUUAAUGAAGGGUUUUUAGACACAGGCCAAUCGGCAAUAUUUUUAUGUUUUUCUCAUGUGCACAAUGUUUAACAACUGAAAUUUAAAUGAAUUUGUUUAACCGUGCUGGAAAAGUGGGGUUAUUACAGUGAAUUUCUGGCUCAAUUGUGAGAAUUCAUGGAGACUUUGAAGUCGGUGAGCAGUCAGAAGUGCUGGGACUGGAGAUGAACGCAAGAUUGUGAUGUUCCCGCCGGCAGACACAGAUUUUAUGAUGCAUUCCUUUCUUCUGUUCAGCAAACAAACCCUGCGUUUGUACAUGUUCAGCCUCUUUGACAAACCAACUGAUCAAAAAAUAAAAGAACACUGAACAGUU